AUGCUGUCAAGGGCUGCCAGACCAGCUCUGAGAGCUGGAGCUUCGGUUCCUUCUCGAGUCGUCGCAACACCCCAGAAUGCCGCCAACUACGCCACGCUGCGUGAGAUUGAGGGUCGCCUCAAGUCCAUCAAGAACAUCGAGAAGAUCACCAAGACGAUGAAGAUUGUCGCCUCGACCAAGCUCAACCGCGCCCAGCGCGCCAUGACGGACAGCCGCAGCUACGGCCAGACCUCCAACGCCGUCUUCGAGUCGGCCGAGACCAAGCCCCUCGAGGGUGAGGGCAAGAAGGAGCUCUACGUCAUCUGCAGCUCCGACAAGGGUCUCUGCGGUGGUAUUCACUCUGGUCUGUCUCGUUACGUCCGCAAGCUGUCCGCCGAGAAGCCCGGCACCUUCGACCUGGUCAUCGUCGGCGAGAAGUGCAAGGCCCAGCUGAGCCGUACCAACGCCAAGGAUAUCCAGAUCAGCUUCGCCGGUGUUGGCAAGGACAUCCCCACCUUUGCCGAAGCCUCCGCCAUCGCCGACCAAAUCGUUCGUCUGCCCGGCGACUACUCGAGCAUCAAGAUCCUGUACAACAAGUUCAUCAACGCUCAGAGCUACGAGGCCACCCCGAUCGAGGCUUUCUCCGAGGAGGCUAUCGCUGCUUCGCCCAACUUCUCCGCUUUCGAGGUUGAGGAGGGCAUCCUGCCUAACCUCCGCGAGUACGCCCUGGCCAACUCCCUCUACUGGGCUCUGGCCGAGGGCCACGCCUGCGAGCAGUCUGCCCGUCGCAACGCUAUGGACAACGCCUCCAAGAACGCCGGUGAGAUGAUCACCAAGUACCAGAUUCUCUUCAACCGCACCCGUCAAGCCGUCAUUACUGGCGAGCUGGUCGAGAUUAUCACUGGUGCCACCGCCUCUGCGGACAUGUAA